UGACAAGGUGGUUAUGUGUUUUUGACAGGCAAUCUGCGAAGACAGCCAAGGAAAUAUCCCAUUAGGUCCUCAUUCUCACGUCAGAUCACUAUUUCAAGAUGGCAGCCAACAGCAGCAGUAGCAUGGCUACUAAAAGUGGUGGAGGUAAACAGUCUGGCCCGUCGGCCGAGCAGGUGGUGGCCAACUUCCAGAGGAUGCGUCAGGAGCAGCGCAGCAUGGCGUCCAAAGCCGCUGAGUUCGACAUGGAGAUCAACGAGCACAGUCUGGUGAUCGACACACUGAAGGAAGUCGACCCGUCCAGGAAGUGCUUCCGGCUAAUGGGUGGGGUGUUGGUGGAGCGCACGGUUAAAGAGGUGCUGCCCGCGCUGGAGAACAACAAAGAGCAGAUUGGCAAGGUCUUGGAAGUACUCAACCAGCAGAUGCAGACCAAAGGGCGGGAGCUGACCGAAUACCGGGAGCGCUACAACAUCCGAUUGGUGGGUGAAGAGGAGAAGGGUAAACCAGCGGCUGGCUCGUCCAAUAAGGAGGCUGGAGAUGGGGGUGGACCCAAACCCAGCUCAGGAGUGCUGGUGUCAUAAUGGACUUGGGAUGCAUAAAUGUGACCUCCUGGAAGUUUUGCCAGAUGCCAUGUGGCCGCGCAAUGGCGAGGUGUGGUUUUGGAAAGCCAGGAUGUGCUGUGAUUUGUUACUGGUCUUGGGGGGGUCAAGUGUUUCAUCAGUGCAAACAAAUUGCUUUGACUUGCUUCCUCUUCUAAAAAAAAAGAAAAAAGAAAUCAUACAAAGUAGUGGAUUUUUUUUUUUUUUUAUGUUUUUGUCUCACACAUGGUUAUGGAAAUAUGGGGUUAAGCUGUUUUGUUGUGAACACCAAUUCAUAAAACUCGUUAAAUGUCAGAGAAACGAUCAUUUGGCACAGGAUUACAAAACGGUUCACUGAAAAAAGCUCUUUACUUUGAUAACUUGUCUUAAAAUAUACCUUGAAACAUUGAGCCAUGGUCUUAUCUUAUGGCGCACAGAAAAAGCUAUUGGUUUCAUUGAUGAAGGGAAUCCACAAGAGGAAUACAAUCACACCCGUUUGAUGACCAUUGACUGACAUGAACACAGCUAGUAAUUUACAUUACUUGCCAUGUAAUAACUAUUUCUGUGGAGAAUACAGUUUUUUAUGUUUGCCUUUUGUUUUCGUUUAUAAAUAAACAAAUCAUCGUAAACAA